UUAUUUUGAAAGGAAGUUGAUGUGGACUUUCGCGCUGACUGUACGCAACUCGCAUUAGAUAUUUUACUAUUUGUAGAUGUAUACCUAGCUAGUUAUUGACAGAGAAGAGCACAUGUUCGGGGGUUCGUUCCAUAGCUCGUAGUGUAUUAUAACAUGUGGACACUGAACCCUUUAGAAUCCGGAGGUGUCACCCACUACCUCCUGCCAGAGAAGGAGUAUGUGGUGGGCCGUAAGAACUGUGAGGUCAUCCUGCCCAAUGACCAGUCCAUCAGCCGGGCUCAUGCUCACCUCACUGCUACAGAUCAGGCCCUGACCCUGAAGGACAGUUCUAAGUAUGGCACGUUUGUUAACGAGGAGCGUCUGUCAGGAGACUCCCCUCGCAGCCUGACGGCAGGGGACAGAGUGACAUUUGGGGUCUUUCACAGCAAAUUCAGUGUGCAGCAGGUAACUGUGGUGGUGUGCUCGUCCUGUGUUGAUAAUGAAGGGAAGGUCUCUCUGUCUCAGACCCUGCAUCUUCUGGGUGGCCGGCUGACCAACACCUGGACACAGGACUGCACUCACCUGGUCAUGCCCACUGUUAAAGUCACCAUCAAGACUAUCUGUGCGUUGCUGUGCUGUCGGCCCAUAGUCAAGCAGGAGUUUUUCAUUGAGCUCACCAAAGCCCUGCAACAGAAACAACCACCUCCAAAAGCUGAGAGUUUCUUUCCAGAGAUAGACGAGCCCAGUCUGAAUAAGGAUGAGGUGGACCUGACAGAGAGGCCAGAACGUAAAGAACUUUUCACUAGCAAGACCUUCCUCUUCCUCAAUGCCAAACAGCAAAAGCGUCUGAGUUUGGCAGUGAGUUGUGGAGGUGGGAGGAGCCAGCUCUUGGAGGAGGGGUCUGUCCCUGUGUCACUCCUGGAAUCACCAUUGAGCUGUGUGAUCGGCAUGGCAACGGGAAACUCCCAAGCACUACUGCCCCACUCCACUAAGAAGUGGGCAGACUCUGUGGGGAGGAUUCUACAGAGGAAAGGUCUUCGAUUCAUCACAGAGUCUGAGAUCGGAUUGGCUGCCAUCUAUGUCAGCUGUGACAAGUACUGCAAUCCUUCCAAUCGAAUGGCUGACUCAGAAUCCAUGAGAAAGAAACCCACCAUCCCUGGCGCCACGCUAUCCCAGAAUGUACCAGUGGACGAGACGGUAAUGCCAGCGGCAUCUCAGAACAUCACAGCCUAUGCUGUAAACACAGAGCCGUCACAGGGCAUCAGUGGGGUGGACGUGGCUGGGGUGAGCGCAGUUGGAGAGACCCCUGAGAGGGACCAGAGCCGGACCACCUCUCAUCUUAACCGAUCCAAACCCUCAGGCCGAGAGCUGGCCGGGACCUGCACAGUGGCAGAGACUAUGAUGUCAUCAUUCAGCGCCUCAGACAGUGCUGGUGGUGGCGGCUCGGACAGAAAAAAGGGAGCGCUACAACAUCCAGGUGGAGGGAAAGGUGAUGCUAUCACCAGAUUCCUGGCCACAGCCCCUCGGACCAACGGAGGAGUGCAGACGAUGUCCCCACAGAAGUGCUCCUCCCAGAAACAACAGGUCUCGCAGAAAUGUUCUCCCCAGAAACAGUCUGCCCUCACUAAUUUCUUCCAGCCGGUCGGCAAGAAAAGACCUCGGGAAGGCAAGGAGUCCCCUACUGUCCAAUCAGAGGCCAAGUUCUCCAGGAGGGAAGAAGAGAAGGAGAAGAUGAAGAGGACAGUACCACAGCACUCAGAGACCUCCAACCCUACACACACCCCCACAGGCAGGUCCCAGGGCCAACGCAGCUCAGGUGCAAAUCUGUUUCCAGGUCAGACUGAGGCUCUGUCAGAGGGGUUCUCCAACCCUUCCCAGCAGGGGCUCCAAUCCAGGAAGAGGAAGGAGAUGGAGGAGGAGACUAAAGGGAGUGGGGCUUCAGAGAUAGAGAUGGACGAACUGGAGUCCAUCAUGUCUGAGGACAUGGACGAAUUGGAUGAGCCCAUGUCAGCCAGUCAAGGCCAGCGGUUGAAGCUGACGGAACAGAGUUCAACCAAUCAAGGCCAGAGGUCUCAACUGAUAGACAAGAGCUCAACCAAUAGAAAAUCGCUCCUAGAGACAGUGGAUCUUACCUCUGCCAAUAAGAAACAGCGGGUUUAUUCAGUGGAACCAAUCGCAGCCAAUCAUAGGUCAGGCUUGGAUUCAGAAGAGCGAUCGUCAGCCAGCAGACGACAGCGAGCGGAGCCUGUAGCUGAGGUCAAAGACGAAGAGGUGUCAUUCAUUGAGUCAAAACCAGUUAAUGGUGUGACCCCUGGUCAUCUGGAAGAGCCAGAGACUGAUGUCAAACAGGAAGCCUCAGGUUUAGGGGGUGAGAAUCUCCCCAGCAGACUUAUAGUGGUGGAGUUCAAAUCCCUCACCGUGGCAACACCGGCAAGACCUAAACCACGCCCCAUGGAGACGCACGGCAAUGUCAACAGGAAGGACUUUAAACGCUUCCGCAAGGUCCCAGUUCCCGGUGCCCAGGGUUUGCCCAACAUCAUCGGAGGGUCAGACCUGUUGGCCCACAACCGAGGCAAGAACUCUGAGCUGGAGGAGUGGCUGAGAGACGCAGCAGAGGAUGAGCGUCAGAACAAGAAAGAGGAGACUUUGGGAGAUGACCUUUUCAGGUACAACCCCAAACCCACCAAGAAAAGAUGAGAGUACCUGGUUGUAACAUGAGAAGCCCUGCAGACAAAUGUUCAUCUUAAGACACAGGAAUGGAUGCCAACACCCCAUGGAAUGUUUUGGCUUCUAGAAUUCUCAGUUUGAUAGAACUGCCAUCUCCGCUCCACUAAUAAUGUUCAGGAAUGGAUCUUUGAGGUAACUCUUGAUCAUUGUACACAAAAUGACCAGAGGGGCCUGUCAAUGACAAAAUGUUUAAACUGUUUUUGUCGGUGAUAGAUGUGGGCAGAAAUGUCUUAACUUUCUAUGUACUGUACACUAAUUAUAUACCUUGAUUUAGUCACUGAUGGUGAGCAAUGUAAAACAAAUAAAUAGGUGUUACGUUUUA